AUGUAUCAGUUAAGGCGACUCAACGUUGGAUGUGACUCGCGUUCGUCGUCGAGCAGCGCAUUUGAGGAUGAAACCGUGUUAUUGCUCGAAACCACGAAAAUUGGACGGAAUCCCGAGGCAGUUGAUGUUGUGCUCACGUCUACAGUUCAUAGCAAUAUGAUAUCGCGAAUUCACUCGACCAUCGUAGCGAAACAAGAUAAAUCUCGUAUCGUCUACAUUCUUACUGAUCAAUCGUUAAAUGGUACUUACAUAAACGAUUAUCGAGCGAAAGGUCCGACUGAACUGAAACCAGGCGAUAUAAUAAAAUUCGGACAUGUGAAUGGCGCAGCAAUUCGAGCUGGCUGUCAUGGACCUCAGCACAGCGCAGAAUUCACGUUCAUUGUAAGUGUUUAA